CCACAUCUACACCAAUAAACCGCGAGAUUGCGCGGGUGGUGACACAAUGAUCAUUAUUGCCUGCAUGUGAAUCUUUUUUAUACCUUUUUGUAUAGUUUAACACUACCAAAGUAGUAGUAUUAUUUCUGGUAUUUUACAUUUAAAUUGAUAGGUGGAAUCCGAAGAUUAACUUGGCUCGCGCUGCGUUCAGGCAACAAACCACAGCCACACGUGGCUGUUUCCUCCAUUGAACAACGGAGAAUAAAAUAUUACUGUCGACAUUCUCCGUUUGCUGCUAACUCCGGUGUUUCUUCUUCUUCUCUUUGGCGACAUUAGCUGGUUACCAGAUGGAGAAGCAGCCUUUGCCAACUGACGAUGACAAUAUAGGAACCUUGGAGCCAGAGAUCAAUGGCUAUGCUGGUGAGGAGAGCCAGCAGGGCUUCCCUGAGCCUGCCGCUCGAGCAGGAUGGAACAGUAAAAUAGAGUAUUUUUUGGCUCAGGUGGGAUUCAGUGUUGGGCUCGGCAACGUCUGGAGGUUUCCAUAUUUGUGCCAUCAAAAUGGAGGAGGAGCUUUUCUCUUCCUGUAUGUGCUGCUGAUGCUGGUUGUGGGCAUACCCUUGUUCUUCCUGGAGCUGGCAGCCGGUCAGGCCAUCCGACAGGGCAGCAUUGGAGUGUGGAAGUACAUCUCCCCCAAGCUCGCAGGGAUUGGCUACUCCAGCUGUGUAGUUUGUUUUUUUGUGGCUCUCUACUACAACGUGAUCCUUGCAUGGAGUCUUUUCUAUCUUGGGAACUCGUUCCAGUACCCUUUACCUUGGGAACAUUGUCCAACACUGGGAAAUGUAACAGUGAAAGAAUGCAAAAAGAGCUCCCCCACAUCGUAUUUCUGGUACCGCCAAGCUUUGGAUAUCACAGACUCUAUAGAUGAGACAGGCUCUUUCAACCCUUACAUUACCUGCUGUCUGCUGGCAGCCUGGACCAUUGUGUGCCUGGGAAUGUUCAAGGGUAUCAAGUCCUCCGUCAAGGUGAUGUAUUUCUCCUCCAUCUUCCCCUACGUGGUUCUGUUCUGCUUCCUUGUCCGAGGACUCCUGCUGGAUGGGGCCUUAGAGGGAAUCUCCUACAUGUUCUACCCCAAGGUAGAAAUUUGGGCAGAUGUGCAGGUGUGGCGGCAGGCAGCCACACAGGUCUUCUUUGCCUUGGGCCUUGGCUUUGGGUCCAUUAUCGCCUACUCCUCCUACAAUCCCAAGAACAACAACUGCCACCGUGAUGCCUUCACUGUCUCCGCUAUAAACUUCUUCACAUCUGUGCUGGCCACUCUAGUGGUGUUUGCUGUGCUCGGCUUCCAUGCCAAAGGAAAGGUUGUAGAAUGUGUAGCCAGUAAUGUGAAGGAGUUAACAGAGCAGCUUCGCAUGGGUUAUGUUGACACGAACAUGUUGCCAGGCUUCAACUAUUCUGAUCCCAGUUCUGUGGCUAUAGAGGACUACAGUGCCUGGUUUAAACAGUACGGAAAUAAGGUCCCUGGCAAUUUAACAGAGUGUGACCUGGAAAAAGAGAUGCAGAAGGGUGUAGAGGGCACAGGCCUAGCUUUUAUUGCCUUCACAGAGGCCAUGUCACUACUGCCUGCAAGCCCCUUCUGGUCAGCACUCUUCUUCCUCAUGCUGCUCAACUUAGGACUCAGCACCAUGUUUGGCACUAUGGAGGGCAUCCUCGCCCCACUCACCGACCGCUUCAAAACUCUGGCCAACAACAAGAUCAAGCUCACAAUUUUCAGCUGCAUCAUUGGCUUUCUAAUUGGCCUGCUCUUCACCCAGCGUUGUGGGAACUACUUUGUGAUGAUGUUUGAUGAUUAUUCUGCCACUCUGCCCCUCAUCAUUGUGGUGGUUUUUGAGACCUUUAGUGUGUCCUGGCUGUAUGGAGCUGACAGGUUCCUGGACGACAUUGAGGCAAUGCUGGGCUGGCGUCCCAGUGUGAUUUACAAGUACCUGUGGAAAUACAUCUGCCUUCUUGCGAUGCUGGGACUGCUGGGUGCCACCACCAUUCGCAUGUUUAUCACACGCCCUACUUAUAUGGCAUGGAACCAAGAGAAGGCUUCUGAGGAGCACCUCGAGUACCCUGGCUGGGCUCUGGCUGUUUUGGCUAUACUGAUCAUAUUUGCCAUGAUGCCAGUCCCAGUGGCCUUGAUCCACGCUGUUAUGCAGGACAGACUACAGCAAACACAGAGAGAAACAGAGAUUGGUCAGUACAGUAUUGUUAACACUGAUGACAGGUGUGAAACCUUAAUGACUCACAUGUCAGAGCUGGGCCAAAGGAGCGGGGCCGCUGCUUCCUCUUCCUAAACAUUGGACAUGAUGUUACACAGUGGGAAAUGACAAUAUGGACUCAAAAUGUCACUGUGCCAUGCACAGUACGAUUAUCUGUCAGCUUUUAGUGCAGCUGUAGCACAGAGAGAAGUUGAAAUGUGUGCUUAAUAUAGUUUUUAUUCUUUUUACUUAAAUUAAGUCCAAACAUAUCCAAACAUAUCUACUGUUCCAACAAGUACAACUUUUAAAAAGUACAUAAUAUGGAAAAUAUGGAACAAAUAAUUUAUUGCUGUGUGGUAACUACAAGGUAGAAUUUCCAGCAACUGAUUGAUUGAUACAGAGUUGAUGUCCAAAUGAACAAAAACAAUAUUCCUUAGUUUUCAGUACAAGCUACAGACAUCGUUGGAGGCAUUAUGCUUUUGAGUUGUCUGUCCGUCUGCUUGGACUGAAGGAUGAACUGAUUAAAAUUUGGUUGCCAAAGGUCAAGGUCAUGUGACUCACAAAAUGCAUUUUUGGCCAAAACUCAAGAAUUGAUGACCAUGUUUCACCUCCCCGUCCAUUUUUUAGUAAUGAACUGGUAGAUUCCAGAUGUUGCACACAUGUUGACUGGGACGACACAAUGAGUAAACAAUAACUAGCACAGCAGGGGCAUUCUUUCAUCUGGUCCCUUCUGCCUUUCACUUCCUGUCUCAUUAUGACCAUUGAGCGUCAUUGGAAUCACGUGAAUGCAAACAAGGUAUUUGAGCAUGCCAGCUUAUUGAGAUCAUCCUGAGCGAGGAUGUAAACUGCAACAUGACCGGUUGGCAGAGGCAUCCAACUGCAGGGUGGUAAUUCUAGGUUUGUAUGAAUAGUUCACUUGUCCAUUUUUGGUAAAAUAUCCUACGUUUUUAUUGGUCUUUUUCCACUUUUAUAAAAGCAUGCUCAUGUGAGAUGCACCUCAUAAUUUCCAGUUAUUCAAAACCAUCAACUUUUUACUUCUGUUUUGUUGAGGACAGAAUUACAGCUGACCACUGUUCAGAGUCUCUUAACAUGUCUUUUUACCUUAAUAAUGAACUCUUAAUUUAGUUUUUACAGCACUGUAAAUUAAACAAAUGUUAUGAAAAUUGUUUUAGAUUGUGAGUUAGGAUUUGAGUUACAACAAAAAAAACUGAGCCUGAGUUAAAACAGGGAAAUGAUGGCAUUGUGAGACUGUUACAUCAAGAGAGAUUCAAGUAUGUUGAAUUAGGUACAGCUUUUGGGUUCAGUAUUAAUUUCAUUCACUACACAGAAGCCAUCUAACCAUGUUUGCAGGUCUAAAAACACCUGAGUCAUAGGUCGCUGUCUUACUUCUUCAGUUUAAUAUUACUGGAUGUUUUGCAGGUACAUUGUGUAGCUACAUUAUUCAUGCAUAUAUGUUUACAUGCUCUGGUCAAACCAACCUGAACUCCCAACAGCUGUAUACACUAUUUGAGCAUUCAUCUUUUGGCUCUGUUUUGAUUAUUAUUAUUGUGAUUAUUUUCACACACCAUUUUUCUUUUUAUUGGUAAAAAAAUAUGAUCUCGUACUGAAUGUGCAAGUUUCCAUCAUCCUGUCAUGUUGUUUAGUUUUUUUUUAAAAUUGGGUUUAGGAGGAGACUAGUUGUUUAACAGGCUAGACAAAGUAUCACUCAAAGUACUCUUUAUUUCAGAUUAAGGUGCAGUAUGUGAUGUAAUUAAGGUGUUUAUAUUGUAAAAUAAUGUUUUUUUAGACUUAACUGCUUGAUAAUGAGUUGCCAUUUUCCUGAAAUUAAAGGUGUAGUUUUUUUUACAUUUUCAGUGGGUUAUUAUCUACAUGAAUUGACUGUGAAUGCUGUUGAAUAUUAAUUGAAUAAAACUAAGGCUGUGUUUGAAAACGCAUACUGUGCCGGUCCCAGUGGCUAACGUACUGCCUACUACGCACUCACUCAGAAUGUACUGCCUUCUAAAUGAACAAUUUAGUUGCCAGCAGACUGUUACACAGUCUAAAGAAAGGCAAUACAUUUUGGGGCAGCUUUAUAUGUUCAGUAAACUCACAACACAUACUUUCUUGCUAAUUUAGAAUACAUCCGGGUAUUUCUCAUGUACACAAAUCCACCUGCUGUGCAGUUAGAACACACUACAUGCUUAAUUUGACAUCAUACUGAGUAUGAAUAGUACGUUCGUAUCGACAGUCUGCGGUUAGUAUGCGAUUCCAAACACAGCCUUCAGAUUUGAUGAGGCUGAUUGAAUAAAAGAAUAAAAGCACUUAGCAAGUGUAUCAUUUAAAAAGACAUUUAUUUUCAGUUUUUAGUAUAUGUAGUCUGUACGAGUGUAUGCAGUGGAUGUUGUGGAAAAUGUAAUAUAAUGCUUUUGCAAUGUAAUAUAUUUUUGCUAUUUCAUUAAAUUUUCUUUCAGCA